AUUUUCGUAAAUAAUUUCUAUAUUAUGUACAGUCCAAAACGAACAAAAUAAAACCCUGUUUUAAAAUAGAGCUUCUGCUGGUUUUACUGGCAUCCUGAAGGGGCAGCACUGUCCCUGGUUACAGAGCGUGGAGACGGAACUGGGAAGUUAAUUCAAUAAAUCAGUGCUUCCUAAUUGAACCGCCUCAUUUAACCUAAUGACAAUUCGUUAAGUACAUUUCAUUAUAACGGCAUUCAUUUGCACUGAAUAUUGGCAAUACAUGUGUAACACUGCUGCACCAUCGAGAGAAAAUCACGCUAGGAGUGACCUAGUUUCCUUACGUGAAAAAUGACGUUCACUUGCGAUCUGUCAACGCCUAUGAAGUCAUAGCAGGUGUGGUUAUAUUUUUGUAGCGUUACAGCAGCGAUUGAACAUCUUGAGGAUAGCCGCAUGUGGUGACUUCAGUUAUGAUUCAUUGGCAGUUUGCUUGCUAACGCACGGGGUCUGAACGUCACAGUUCUUGCGUUUUCAGUUGCACGAAGGAUACUGUGCUAUAUGCAACUGUAAAUAGUGGGAGAAGGAAGCAUUAUAAGAUAACAUGGAGCUGGCACGAAAAGAUCACAUUGUUAUGACACCAAAAUGCAAAACUACUGAUUCAACAACCCUUGCGAUUGAACGUAGGGCAGUUCCUUUGGAUGAUACCAAGAAUGACAAAAUACAUGUUGCUGGUGGUGACCACCAGGGAAUCAUAAUUAACAAAGAACUGGCAAAGGAUGCGGAUGAUAGCCCAGCACAGCUGUCCCUGGAGUUCAGGGUGUUCCUCGUGAAUGCCCAGACAGGCAGCCAUACACGCGAGAGCCGUACGCUGCACUAUUGGUUCGCAGAGGAGCUGCCAGCGACGGAGCGUCCGUCUGUGGCUCAGCUGUUCUUCAGGGAGCUGGUCAGCCCACAAGAAUUCCCCAGGGAUUAUGUUGGUUUCAUCAAGAAAGUUAUGAAACUGCUGCAGCAUGGAUUUACUGGUAUCCGCAAAGUGGAAGUCACUCUAAAGCAGCUUGGUACAUCUGACCAACCUCCGCCUUCAGCUAGACCCUUAUCCGCAGAUGAGAGCACACUGGGUGCCGUCGCUCCGCUCACAGAAGAACGCAUCAAAGAACUGCUGGAAUCCUCUUUUCCGAACCCGGUGACUGCGGUUGAGCUGGCGCGUUCCAACGGCUGGUCCGAGGAGGAAGUGCAGGCGCAGUUGUCACAGCUGACGGAGAAGGGCAUUGCCAAGGCUCUCGAGCACGGUGCAUACACACGCGCAGUUGCUACCAAAGUGCAGGUUGUGCGUAACAUGCCGGCCAUGGUGCAGUCCAAGCAGCCGACAAUCGCCAUCAUCACUGCACAGUACUGUGAGAAGUUGGCAGUGGACUCCAUGUUAGAUAACCGGGAAACCUUUGUACGGUACACAACAGUCGGUACAUUGGCGAAAGACCCUGUGACUGGCAAGUCGGUGAGCUUGAAGCGUUUUGGAGAAUCAAAUGUCUACACAUUGGGCAACAUUGGAGCACACCGUAUCGUAUGCACAAAGUUGCCAACUGUCGGCCACACACGGGAGGCCAUUACUGCUGCGGGAAAUACAACAACCAGGAUGCUGGGGACUUUCCAGAAAGUGGACCAUGUGUUUUUGGUCGGUGUCGGAGGUGGAGUGCCUCACUACACGGACUACAGGAGGCAUGUCAGGCUCGGCGAUGUUGUCGUCUCGCAUCCUGUUGAUGGCAAGAGGUCAGUUUAUGUCUAUUGUGAGAAUGCUGCAUUAUCGGAGUCUGGUGGGGCAGAGUUUGAGAUAAAGGAAUAUUGCCCAAACAACAUGGGACUGCAGGAGAUUGCUGCCCAGCUGCAGGCAGAGGCAGAAUCUCGGGACGAACCACCGUGGAUGCAGUUGAUGCGGGAAGCAAUAAACUCGUUGCAGUCAGAGUCCGAACACGAUUUCUCUCAGCCUCCCGCUGACUCAGAUAAGCUGUACAUGGCUAUUGGAGAACGGGAUCUCAUAGAAGUGGCCCACCCAUCCCCACAAGAAGGUGCUGAAAAUCACAGGCGGAAAGGCUGUCCAUGGCUCCACCUGUCUCCCGUUGCGUCCGGGCGGGGUGUAGCUCGCGAUGAAGCGCUGAGGCAGCAGCUGGCCCACGAGACGGGGGCACUCGCAUUUGACUCGGAGUUCGACGCAGUGCUCGAUGCUGUGACUGGGUCAUGCAGAGACAGCUUCCUCGUAGCGCGCGGUAUUGCUGACUACCGCGACGGCGGCCGUCCAGGGGCAGCAGGCUCCCAGUGGCAGCCGUAUGCCGCCCUCGCGGCUGCAGCGGUUGUGCGCUGCAUCGUCGAGAGAGUCCCAGCUGUGUGUGACUAGCAUCUGUACUGAGAGACAACACUCUUUGCUGGUAAUUUAUUUCAUUAGUCAGUCCGAGACCUCAUUCAAAUUCCUAAUUUUUAUAGAACUUGUUUUGGUCAUAUAGAGGAUAAACUUGGUUUAGAGUUUUAUUCAUUAAUUAUGCAUGAUCACUAGAAAUUACAUUGUAGGACUGUGGUCCUUAAUCACAGCUAUGUGGCUUAAGUUGUUAUAUUUGCCACAUUGUUCAUUUUAUUGAAGACUAGUUGUUGCAUUUAAUUGUAAAUUCAAUACUGGUAACUAAUGCUGAGUUUCGUAAAGAAUAUUCAUUAGUGUGUGUGUGUGUGUGUGUGUGUGUGUGUGUGAGUGUGUGUGUGUGUGUGUGUGUGUGUGUCUAAUAGGGAUAGGUACUUUUUGAUAUUUUAAGACUGUGCUGCUCAUCAUAAUUUGCUGUGAAGAGGUCAUCUUACUUCUAUGAUACUUAAAAACACAUCCUCCUGUCCAAAUAUGUUGUUCCUACUGUCACACACAAAAAUGAUCUGUGUUGUAUUGUCUUCUCUUGACUGGCCGGAAAGAUAUAAUUAUAUUUUCCCAAGUUCAUUUUGCAUGUACUCUCUUCACAGCCGUGUAGUUUAUUAUAUGCAUGCUGGAUUUUUUUAUUUUGUUAUUAAGUAUACUGUCUCCUGUUUCUUUUGGGAACAGUGUGUUUUAUUAGAGGGAACUGUUACGGCAGAUAUUGGUCCAUAUUUUAAUAUAGGGUAGAGUAUAAGUCAUGAAGAGGAAAGUUAGAAGUACAGAUAAUAUUGUUAUAUAAGUUAUAAGGUGUGCCAGGAUCAGGAUGUAAUUGUAAGGCAGCAAUGUGUAACUGAGGUGCUAACAUUAGACUGGACUAGUACAGUUACAACGAAUGUUUCUUCAAAUUCCGUGCCCCCCCCCCCCCCCUCCCAAUCCAUUCGUUCCAUUUACAGACUUACUAUAAAAGUACCACAAUGUUGUUAGUGAGGAAAGAGUAUUGUGACAUAAUGGACUGAAACAGAGAAGCAGGCCUCUCUCCAAGCUUCACUUGAAAUGCUGUGCUCCACAUGUAUAUUCUCAGAAGUUUCUUUCUCUCUUUAAGGCCUUUGUCUCUUACUAACAGAUUUCUUUAGCAAGAAAUGCCUGUACUAAUCUGUUCCUUAAUAUUUAUGCAUUGCUGGGAUUACUUUCAGUUGGUGUUCUGUGCUCAGUAGACUGUUCAUUCCACUUAAUAGGUCCUGUAAUUCUUCAUUUAUAUCAUUUCACCCUGAAUCUUAAUCCCACUUCAAAACUUUUCAGUUAUUUCUUACAUUGUUUCUUUGAUGUUGAGAACACCCAUUAUUUUAAUCCAAGCACUUCUGUCUUAUUUUGAGGCAGGUACCAAUGUCAACUGCAAUUGGGCAUUGAAAUAAUUCAAUGUCAAGUGAUGAAAAUUUCUGCUAGAUCAGGACUCCAUCUCAGAUUUCUCACUUCACCCAAGUGCAGUUGCGGCUGAUGUUCGUAUAUCCCUCGAAAUAUUGUUAUUUACAGCUGCUGUAUCAAAAACGGAAUAUGUUUGACAGAGCAAACACCACACACAUAUACUACUUAUUUCUUACUCUUCUGUUCUUUGACUCUAGCAUUAAUCAACUUCUCCUCAUCUCAAAAUUUUCUUUUUUGAUAAAAAUAUAAUGCCACGAAUUCUAUAUGGAUGCUCCUGUAUUUUAUAUGAAAGUAAGUGAAUCGGACAGCACCAAUUGCUUAUUCUUGAAGGAACAGGAUGCUUAAAUUAUGUGAAAAAAUACUUCUAACUCCUCCAUGUCUGUCUGAACUAGGGAUAAAUUAUGACAGUGGCUCUCUCAAAUAGUGAAGCAAAUAAGAGGAAAACAACCAAAAUCCGGCCACUGUGGUCUAGCGGUUCUAGGCGCUUCAGUCUGGAACCGCGCGACCGCUGCGGUUGCAGGUUUGAAUCCUACCUUGGGCAUGGAUGUGUGUGAUGUCCUUAGGUUAGGUUCCAGGGGACUGAUGACCUCAGAUGUUACGUCCCAUAUUGCUCAGAGCCAUUUGAACCUUUUUUAAAAACAACCAAAACUCACUUGUGCUAUACCCCACAGCUCCGUCGUGUUGGCAGCUCUUUCUACCUCCCUUUUUCACUCAGACAAAAGAAAUUGUACAGGGUACUACAUCAUUCACACAUUAAAGGUUGCUAAUGUAUUAUUGGAGAGCUAUUUACCAGUCAUUAUCUUCAUGCAAUUUGUAGAUCUUGUAUGGGUAUUCUGGAAACUUGAACACUUUCAGUCCUUAAGAACUGGCAGUAGUCAAAUUAAGAGGACAUAAAUUAAAGAGAGUCUGCUUAUAUUUUAGGUCUGGAUAACAUUGUCACACUUUCAAGAUUCAGGUAUACAAAAUGUAAACUUUGCCUAGAUUUCCAUUUCACUCCAUUGUGCCACAUUCGUAUGCAGUAACUGCCUCCCAGCACUUCUUUACACAGUGUUCCAAGUUGUUGUUCCAUGAAAACCUAACAGUUAUACCAAUUUGAGGACCUCUAUUUUUCAUAUAGGAUGUAGAUUAGAGAAGUAAAGAAAAAUACAUUUGUGUGUUAACAAUAACAGUUAACAGACUAAAAGCCAGCACAAUUACCUCAUGGAAAUUGAGAUGGGAUCAUUCUGUGUGUCCUAACGUAAUAUUCGUUUAAUGUCUUGCACAAAGCAAAUCUUGUCAUGUAUAAUUAGCACUUUGCCUUCGCAACAAGUACAUAUAAUAUCUAGUGCUAUUCAGAAAAAUUUGAAAUUUGGUCUGGUGUUCAUUUGCACAUUCAGACCAUCAUGUUUUCGUGCCCUUGUCCUGACAUACAACAGAAAUAGCUGAUUUCUUAUUAAACUCAUUUUAGUUCUUGAGUAUCUACUCUAUAAUUAUAAAAAGAGCACUGAAACUAUUUCCUUUAGAUGUAAUAGAAAUUUUACAGCUGAAAAUUUCCAAAAUAAAUAGAAAAAAUGCUGGCUUCUUAUGCAUGAAUAAAAUAGUCUUAACCUUUCAGACUUCUGUGAUGGCAAACAAAAAUUUAGUGAUGUCUAGAGUUUGGGUGACUAACUAGAACUGUAGAAUGUGGAAGGGGAUAAUGUAGGGAAAGAAUAUAUACUAGGACAAAUAAAAUUAUUAAAUAAUUAGCUUCUAUUCAGUGUGACUAAUUGUAAGCAUUUGUUAUAUUGUGUGUUAAAGUUGUUGAAAUACUAUAUGUGACACUCCUCUUGCCCAGAAAAAGAUAGUAUAUAAAAUGUCAUGUUGUUUUCCUGUUGUUUUUUGCAGCAGAAAAUGCUACACCAUUGUGGUUGUAGAUAUAUUUAUUUUAAUUUUAUUCUUUUUGUGUACCACAGCCAAAUUAUUAUAGACCUGCAUGUGUGCUAGUCGAAUAACAGAGUUUACAUUUAUAUUUUUAGAUUUGAUUUUUAAUUCUUAUUGUUUUGCUUCCAAUGUUAUAUUUAUUUUCAGUUACAUAUUUAAUGAUUUUGUUUUCUUUUUCACUGCUAAAGGAAUUAACUUAGUUUUAUUUUAUAAGGCUGUUUUGUUUUUAUUACAGGCUUAAUUAUACUGUUACCAAGAAUCUCCUUAGUAAUAGAACUUUGUAACUGUAGUUUUUCUGUUAAAGAAAAAGCUGUAUUCUCAGAGAGCAUAAGAUACAUGAAAGUGAACAGUAGAGCACAAAAAACAAACCAAUUCAGUUAAUCUUUAAGAACAUCCAAGAUGAGACCUUAUUUUGUCCAUAUUUUAUGCAACCUACAGUUUUGACUCAAAUAUUUAAAUUGAUCAUAACUAAUGUUCUUAUGUACUUGGCAUAAACAAGAGCCCUGUUAUUCAUGCAAUUGUGUGUGCCAUAAACUUACAACUUUUGUUUCCAUAGGCAAAGUGUACAUGCUUAUUACUGUCGCGUGUGCAGAAAUUGUUAUGUUUAUAAUUUAUUUAUUCUCAGUUUACAGAAUAUUAUGUAUGCUAUAUAUGCACCUAAGAAGGUUUUUAGUGUGGUUUUGAAUGUCUCUAAACUCUCCUGUUUUGCUGUGUUAUUUGUAUUUGAUACAAUUCUUUAACAAGUGGAUAAGUCUGAUUUGUUUACCAAAGCUGUUUGCUUAAUACUUCAGCACAACCUGCUUUGAUUUAGAGGGCAGCUGAUACAUGUUUUCUUCUUAUGAGGGAAGCCCCUUAAGUAUACAAAUUAGGUUGAUAACAUUAAGUCAGCUAGCAAAGAUUUGUCACAGUGUUUGUGCUGUAUAGGAAAUAAUGCUUCGCUUCAAAGUUUUGACUGUUCUGAAUAUUUUUACUGUGUUUGAGUCGAGCCAUAUUUUAUGCUGCAACACUACACAUAAAUAACAAAAUUGAGUACAUCUGAUAUCAAAAGCAUACCUGAAGACAGCUGGCAGAUUGGGAAUCUUGCAAAUGGUGGUAAAGAAGCACAUCAAACACUGUUGCUGAAAUGUUUAUAUUGGGACAUCAGUUGGAGUACCUGUUACACUAGCAGUUAACAAACGUUUCUAACUGGAUUGUAUGUUGUUCAGAUUUUGAGGUAUUAUUUAUUUUUUUAAUAGAUAGAGUCAGUGUGUAUUUUGAUGGAAAUACUGCCGAUGCCUUCAUGUGAUAAACCACAUUUUAUUGUUGUCAUGUGUGUCAAUUACAAUAAAUUGAUCCAUUUAAAGUGUUGUUUAAGUGGAAACUGUAAGUUAGUGCUGAAGAAAUUUAAUGCAGUUAAAUGAUCUAAAUUAAUAACAUUGGCUUAGUAGUUUGCAUUAGAACCAAAGAUAAUUGUGUUUAACAAUUAAUGACUUGAAAUUUUUAAUUAACUGACUGUUCAAAUUACUAUUUAUCAAAACUUAAAAAUCCCUUGCUGUUUGCAGUGUUUUCCCACAUUUAGAAACAGGUGGUAAAAGAAUGAUGGUUGUGCAGUAACACUGCCUGUCAGGAGGGCUUAAUUAGCAUGUUAGUACAGGUACCUUAGGACCAUGGGAAUGGGCUAAAAGACUAUUUUGGAUGUUGGCACAAUAAAUGUUGUAUAUUCUGCCAAAAUAAUUCGAAAUUCCCUAUCUCUGUUAAAUGCAGCCCGUCACCUCUCUUUUCCCUGCCCUCUCACCUCCAUCCCUUCCAGUCUAUUUUUCUGUCAUCACAAAAUUACAUGACUUGCUUAUUUUGUGGUUUAUUGCAGUUUUCUUUCUCUUUUUCUGCUGAAGAGAUUACAGUUUGUAUUCAGUUUGAAAUGUUUUGAUACUUUGGUUUUAUUCAUGUUUGUUUGUUCUGUUGUGAAGCAUAUUCACAGAAUGUGCCAGGCAAAUGUAAUAUAUCUUCUACAUUACAUUGAGAUAUCAGUGACAGCUAGAAAUACGUGCAUUACCUAAAUGAAAGAUACAUAUGUCUCCUGAGGCCAAGCGUAUCAUCUUAAUUUAGAGUGUGCUAACAAAUUAUAUCUAAUGUAGAACAGAACACAGUUGUAGGCCUUAUAUUUGAUGACAUAUAACUGGAACUAUUCUAUACAAAAAUAGACCUUACCACUUAUAUCUUCCAUCCUCAGCUUGCCAGCAGUAUAGUUAAUUAUAGCAACCUUUCACACAAACUUUGUUGAUAAAAUUAUGGUUUUAAAUUUGUGACUGACUUGCUUUCGUAGGUAAAUGUUGUUACUUGCUUCUUAGGAUCUGCACUGAAAGUUUAUGAAUCUAGGUUAUGUGGUGCUUUGUUUCAGUGGUUUAUUAAACCCUGUCUAUUGACUGCAUAAGAGUACAAGAAACUGAAAUGUAAUGGAAAUUAAGCAACCAGAGAAAAUUCUUAAAAAGAAUCCAAGUUUUACAUUACACAAGAAUAUUACUUCCAGGCUACAAAUCAAUUAGGGAAUCUUAUAUAUUUGAAAUUAAUUCAGUUCUGUGGAAAAAUGAUAUCUUUUUAUUAAGAUAUUGAGAAAUUAGACACACUGAAAAGGCUCUAGUCCCAUGAAAUUCUUGAACAGCGCAAAAGAGUGACAAUGUAUGGGAAGAUGAAGGCUCUACUUCUAAGGAAAUAGAAGAAAUAUUACCGGAAUGACUUGUCAUGUUUAAUUCAGCAAGGAUAGUGGACUGUGUAAGAAGAAUUUGCUAUGUCUGAAGUGUUACAACUAGAAAACAAAAUAGUCUUUCUUUUCAGUAAAUAUUUUCUGAUAUUAUCUUUUGCUGUACUUGUUUCUUAAAGACUUAAGAACUCUCAAGUUCUGUUUUCUAUUUUACUUUCUACUAUUUCUGUUAAUGCUCGCAUCAAAGUGCACUAAAUUCCUUCUUAAUUAUUAUGUAACACAGCUAAUGGUCUGUCUCUAAUGUUUCCAUUUUCAGUAGUCCAUUAAAGUCUAAAUUUAAAUUCCAUUUUUAAAGCUACAUUAACACUAUUUGUGAAAAAUAAGUGACAACAUUACAUGAUUGAACAGUCAGUAGUGUCAGUUAUUUAUGAAUUUUAUACAGUUAUAUGUACAUUGCAGUUUCAUUUUGCAACUUGCGUUACACAUUGGUUAAAAAUUAAGAUAACAUUUGUGUGAUUGAUGUUAAUAUUUUUACAAUAAUGGGAAAAGAAUUUUUUUAACGAGAGCAUACCAACAUUCACAUACGGAAUUCAGGGAAAUUUGAAAUCAGGCUGGGGGUCUGUGGAAUUCUAUCAGCCUGUCUACGAAUAUAAGACUGAUAUCUUUUUCCGCCUGUUGUCAGAAAUAUAGUUUGUGAGUUUUAAUGCAAACUGCUAACUUUGUGUGGCCUAAUUUUUGUUUAUCAGAAUACAAAUAAAUUGUGCAAAGGAAGUAAGACACUGAACAUAAUCAAACUUUGAUUUUGAUAUAUAGUACCACAAUUAAGACUUUGAGCCAACCUUCUUUUUCAGUUUAAGGCUUCUUUUAUUUCAUGCAGAACUAUGACAAGACUGAUGAAAAUAUUCCUGUGAACCAAUUUCUUUAAACUACAUUUAUGAACUACAAUAUGAAUUAUAAGAUUAAAUGCUUAUUUAUACUGUUGCCUUUUGAAAAUAAAUAUAUUUGAGACAGUU